AUGAAUCAUUUGCUCCCGUCGAAUGGUCAGGUUCCCUCCAACCCGGGCUCUCGACAUCCCCAUUCUCCUAGCCCAACAGAGACGCUUUCUUCAAGCCCUGGAGGUGUUUCUUAUACCAGCUCUCCUGGAGGCUGCUACGAUUUGUCUACCUCGGGGCCAACGAUUCCUCUCCAACGUCUCAGAUAUGCAAGCCAAUGGGGGGUAGAAUCGAUCCCUCACGGCUCCGAACUUAAUUCGUCUCAGACACCACCAGAAUUCGGGAGUGACGACCAGUUUGUUUCUUUUUGCAAUAACCAGACGACACUGGAUGUGCCUCCAUAUCUGAUGAGAUCCUGCUCCGACGGGGGACACUUCACGUCUGAGCUACGGCCGUUUCAAGAAUCCCAAGACAUAUCCGAAUGGUUUACUGGAUCUUGUACUCCACGAUUGGAGAAACCGGCGACCGUUUUCUAUACAACGACCGUGAGCCCGCCGCCACCGUCCUUCUCACCCUCUUCUUGCCAAUCCCUGAAGUUCAGCGAUGUCGGUACAUCAGAUAUGAAAGCUAUGCCUGAGGCUGAUGAACACCAAACGGGCUCAGGCACCGACGAGGAUUCAAAUGCAGACCCCCCGUAUUCACUUCUUAUUUACCAAGCGCUCAGAUCUGCCCCUGGAAUGAAAUUACCUCUCCAGGGGAUUUACAGCUGGUUUGAGAAGAACACAGCGAAGGGGAAGGAUCAGAAUUCAAAGGGCUGGCAGAAUAGCAUUAGACAUAAUUUGUCUAUGAACGCAGGGUUUGAGGCUGUUAGACAAGAGUCUGCUAAAGGCAAAAAGGCUGUGAACUUUUGGAGACUCACUGAAGAAGCUGCGAAGAACGGCAUUCAAUCUACUACGCGCUUCAGAAAAGCGAAUUGCAAGAAGACCACAGGUUCUGAUCCACCAGUUACCUCUCAACGCCAACGCUCAGGGGCAAAGGGAAGUAAAGCAAUGAAAAAUGCGCCCGUGAAACAUCGGAAUGACGAACCUCGAAAGGAGCCAUAUCCUCAGCGACCCGCGUCUCGCCGACAGCAGCAGCAGCAGCAGCAAGGGGAGGUUGUUUACCCACAACACCAGGCGGCGGCUUCACAAUUCCAUGUUCCCACACCACUUCAAUGUUCUCCGAUUGAAACCUUCGAUCUGGGAAGCAUCGUUGGCUGUGCAGAACCACCUGCAUGUCUGCCCGUCUUUUGUGAUCUUACCCCUUGGGUUGAAGUGGACUGUCUAGCUCCUUUCGACAAUGGCAUUCUUGGAUGGUGUGGUCUUCACACAGCUCCAGGCAAUAACGGAUUCCUGACAUGCUCCGAUACCUCGGGGGAUUUUCAGAUGAGUGUAUAG